UCUGCGGUUGCGUCAUCAAUCUACGACACGACGGACAGUGAAGACGUCAUAUUUCAGAGACAACUUGUUUACUAUCAUGGCGUCGGGCGACUUCAGAGACAACCUCCUUGGCAUAUCGUGGGUGGACAGCGGCUGGGUGCCGAUUCUCAAUCUCGGAAAUGUUCUGGAUUACUUCUCGGAGAGAAGCAACCCUUUCUAUGACCGAACCUGCAAUAAUGAGAUUGUGAAGAUGCAGCGGCUUACUCUGGAUCAUCUCAAUCAGAUGGUGGGAGUGGAGUACAUUGUUCUUCAUACUCAGGAACCGAUCCUUUAUAUCAUCCGUAAGCAGCAGCGGCAGUCUCCAACCCAAGUGAUUCCUUUGGCGGACUACUACAUCAUAGCAGGAGUGGUGUACCAGGCUCCCGACCUGGGGACGGUUAUCAGCUCUAGAGUGCUCUCCGCAGUCCAUGGAAUCCAGUCGGCUUUCGAUGAGGCCAUGUCUUACUGCCGGUAUCACCCAUCCAAGGGCUACUGGUGGCACUUCAAGGAUCAGGAAGAGAGAGAAAAGGCUAAGCCUAAAUCCAAGAAGAAAGAGGAGCCUAGUUCUCUGUUUCAGAGGCAUCGCGUUGACACACUACUUUUAGACCUCAGGUCAAAGUUUCCACCAACUUUCUAUCAGCCUAAGCCUGGUGAUAAGCCAAUUCCAGUCGAGGUAAAGAAGGAACCCGAACCUCCCACAGAAGCUGUGAAACAAGAGGAGAGGGAACCGGCCACCAAGUCUUCAGCCCCAGCUCCACCGAGUAAACCGCCGCCUGAGAAGAGGGCCAGGCUACAGUAGCCGCCCUGGGAAAAUGGAGAAAUGCUGUUUUUUUUUUUCCCUGAACAGCAUUAACCGAAAGAGCAGCUGCCCUCUGGGAGUCUUUGUGUUUCCUCCCCAAAAAGGCUGACUUUGUCUACACUGCUUUUUUUUUUUAACUGAACUGGCACAAAAGGUCGGCCAUCUCGUCUUGUAGUCUUGUAUACCUGGGAGAGCUUAGAGUUAAGUACGUCUCAGGCAGCGGAACUGAAAACAUGGGCUCCCUGACUGAUGUCAGCUGGAGCUUUUAUUGUGGAUUUCCUAUUUUAUUUUAUUUUUUUGACGAUGCACUGGGAUCAGCAUUAGUGUCAGCCCACUUUUUGACAUCAGCACACUUUUUCUCUUGUAUUGACUUCAAAGGACAGUUUUAAAGCUUGCCUUCAAAAAGGCUUGACAGUGAAGCAAGAAGUAAAAGGAGUACUCAGUUCAGCUGUUUGUAAAAAAAAAAAAAA